UUGAACCGUCGUGGAAUACAGACUUGUAAAGUCAAACCUUCCUUGCCGUGUCGCUGAAGAGUGUCAGUCUAUCUGAUUGAGAAAAAAAAAGCAGCCAUUAGUCACAGUUGUUUCAAUCAUCAGUGGUGUGAGGUGGUCCCGGAUCAGUGUGCUCUCUGUCUAUCUGUGCGGCUCCUCCGGCUCGGUGUGUAAAUCGUAGCAAAGAAAACGGAUUGAAUCCCCUCGCGGAACCCAUAGAAGAAGAUUGUUGAAAAAAAAAAAUCGCGUUUCGGAACAAACGGCACAGCGCGGGUCGCCAAAAAGCAAGUGAUUUUUGCUAGCGGGUGUGAAUUUCGGUUCUGUGUGAUCCGUUGAGAAGCGGCGAAAGCAGCAGCAGAUCUUGAUUCGCACAAGUUCCGGAAGCAGCGGAAGCUUGGUGACACAUUUUUCUCUCGUUACCGGAAAGGUUACAAACUAGUUAAAACACAAAAAUGGCCGAUCAACUUACAGAGGAACAGAUCGCCGAGUUCAAAGAAGCGUUCUCGCUGUUCGACAAAGACGGUGACGGCACAAUCACAACCAAGGAACUGGGAACCGUGAUGCGAUCGUUAGGCCAGAACCCCACAGAAGCAGAACUGCAAGACAUGAUAAACGAAGUCGACGCGGACGGCAACGGCACGAUCGAUUUCCCCGAGUUUCUGACCAUGAUGGCUCGCAAAAUGAAGGAUACCGAUAGCGAAGAGGAAAUCCGGGAGGCGUUCCGAGUCUUCGACAAGGACGGCAACGGUUUCAUCUCGGCAGCUGAGCUGCGUCAUGUCAUGACCAAUCUCGGCGAGAAGCUAACGGACGAGGAAGUGGAUGAGAUGAUCCGUGAAGCCGACAUAGAUGGCGAUGGCCAAGUUAAUUAUGAAGAAUUCGUAACAAUGAUGACAUCGAAGUGAGCUACAGGUCGAAAAAUUAUUGCGCCUUUCUAUUAUUAUUUGUUUAUAAAGAAGACUGUAGCCACGCGCAACACCAGCUGCGCAACGCUAUUGCUAUGGAUUUAAAAAGAGUAACAAAAAAAAGAGUAAAAAGAGAAAAAAGUAAAAGUAAAAAUUAACAUUAAAUUAAAUUUAAACAGAAGAAAAAAAACCGGAGGAAGCAAACACAGAAGUGAAAAAGGACAAAAAAUAAUGCAAAAAAAAACAAACACACACACAGUAAGGAGAAAAUAACUUAAAUUAAUUGUAACAACACAAUUUUAAAUAAGAUAAAUAAAAAAGGAAGAAAGAAAAGAAAAUACAUUAAUUAAAGUUAAUCACUAUCCUUAAUCUAUUUGUGUAAAUUUUUGUAAAAAUAAAAUAUAAAUAUAAAUUUAAAAAAAGGAACCGGAGAAAGGCAAACACGAGAGCGCGAGAGAGGAGGAGGACACAGGAGACAAGGAAAAGGAAAGAGUUAGGACGAACCGACCGUACGGGACGGGACGACGAACAGGAGACGAAGACGGGACAAAGGGACACGAAAUGUUGUUUGGUUAGGUUGGCAGGGGAAAGGAAAGGGUUUGUGCGCAGACAGCGGGACAGGAGGGGGGGAUAGAAGAGGAACUGUGGAGGGGGGGAAGGGGGAAGCGAGUGCACGAGUGUCAGGCUGUUAUUCCACGACGUCAUCAAAUUGUGUGACACUGCUUGCAUGUGGCGGCGCGCGGCACAGAAACGACGAAACGACCAGCACGACGGGAGAAAACGAAUACGGUUAGGUUGAGGGACGGACAGAGCGAGACGACGAGACGCGGACGGAACGAAACCGGUCACAAAUUCCCAAGAGCAGAGCAACAACAAAAAUCCACGACCACCACACCACCACAGUACUUUUUUUCGAACUAAAUAAAGCAGAACAAUUGGAAAGAACUUUGUGUCCGGUUCCCGGGGCACGGGAACCGAAAGUGAGGUUAGGGAUUUUUUCUUGCAGCGCGAAAGGGAAGGAUUUAGAUUUUGAGAAAGCAGCAAAACAAACAUGAUGAAACAUUUCCCACUUUUUAAAAUAAUAAAACUGAACUUACGUUACUUCGUUCGAAAAUGAACCAUAACAAAUGAAA